CCGCGUCGCAUUCGUAACCGACUUUUUCAGACUCUGUAUAAGCCAGUUGCUUCAAUUUAAGCCCAAUCUCUUUAAAAUUCGGAUCCUAUAAUAUCCAAGUUUCAAUCUCAUUAUGGCCAAAAUUUCAGAAAAAUCCCAUUCAGCUGCGGCUCGUGCAGCCUGUGCCUAUCUGGCCGGUGAUGCGGUUACACGGACGACUCGUAGGAACCCCACUUUGCCUCGCAAAUUGACCGUUAUUGAAACCGCCUCUCACUACCACACCAACACAUCUCUUGUGAAGAAAUAUAUAUCGUUGUUAAAAGCGGGAAAAGCUCUUCCUUCUGGUAACAAAGGUAGCCAGCCGCCGGCUCUUACGGCGGCGGAGGAACGAGCUUUAGUUACCUUCAUCAGGACCGUUGAAAAGAGCGCAUUUGCAGUCACAGAGCCCGCCAUCCGCAACUACGCCAGUUUCCUACGAAAACAUCGUCUCGAGGGUCCUAGGACUACGGUCUGAAAGGCGUGGGUCCAGCGGUUUAAAAAGCGUCAUCCUGAGCUACAGUAUAAGACCCCAAAGGUCAAGGAAGUCAUCCGUGCUGGCGCCGAGCUCAAUAUUCUAAGACUAGAAGACUGGUUCAAGGAAUUUGAAGCUGUUAUAACUGGAAAGUCGAUUAUAAGGUCCAAUUUUUGGAAUUUUGAUAAGACCCCUCUUCAGGUUGGAUGGAUUGAUAGCAGCUUCAAGCUCUUCUCAACCCGAAUGAAGGGAAAAACUCAUAUUGUUGGAGAUCACAAGUGUGUGGCGACCAAGUCGGUGGCAAGGUGUGGAAGAAGGUGGAGCUUUCCACAAGAGAUCGUGCCUGUAUAUAAACAGUAGUUCCCUUACUGCACAUUCAGUAUGAACAAAAAAGAAAUAUAAAUCUUCUCAUUUCAACACA